CAUUGUGAUCCGCCCGCCUCGGCCUCCCAAAGUGCUGGGAUUACACGUGUGAGUCACCGCACCCAGCCCCUGGUUAUCUUGAAGAAGGAUUUUAGAUGGGUUGUUUUCUGAUUUUGCCUUAUUCUAUUAUUAAUUUGUAUCAACCAACAUAAGCCAGAUUCCAAAUUGCUAACUAUAAUAACGAUAUUUUAACCAAAAAAUAUAAAGGGAGAAAAUAAAAUAUUUUCCCUAUGUAUAAGAUCCUUCUUAAUGCUACUGCAUUAAAUAAAUCAUAGGCAUUGGGUGUCUGACAUCAAUGCCAAGCGCUUCACCAGUUACACUUGCUUUGAAGUACUGGGCAAUUUACGGCCUUCUCUGAAAUUUGGUGUUUUUACCUCUUCAGUAGACAUAAUACCACGAAAAGUGUAAUGAAGGAAGAUAGCUUUUCCAUGAGGACGAGGCUUCCCCACUGGCCCUUUCCUGCCAAACCAGUGGUACCACAGCGUCCAGAGUAGGGCCUGGCGCCUCUGUUCUUCAUUGCCUCACCCAAAUCAUUGUACUUUGCUCAUUCUUUAAACUUUUAGUUUUAGCCUUAUAUUAUCAGUUUAUAGUAAUCAAUCAUCAAUCAUCUACUGACCCCUAAAAAGUCAUUCCUCGUUUAUUCCUUGAAGAUUGGAUCUCCUCGCUUUCCAAUAACGCUCCUGUAGUCCUGGGAGGAGUUUAGACUUCAGGAAUUCCUGUCUGUUCAGCAUUUUCGCUCAAGGACUCAGGGAGAGGGAAGGACGAUCCUCAGGGUCACAGUCCACAUUCCCUACUAGGCGCUCAGAGAUAUAGGAUUCGUUCCCCAUGGGCAUGGCGGAAAUCGUAGUCAAGGAUCACCGCGGAGUCCCAGCGCUUUCCCUGAAGGCCUGAAAAAGGACUGCGCGGACUGACUUCUUGGCUACAGAAAGCAAAGCUCCACUGUUCCAGGCACGAUUCUGCCUUCUCUCAAAUGGCAUAACUCAGGACUCUGCAAAUUUCCAGAAACAGGAGGAAAAAUGACCACAUUCCAGGAGGGACUGACCUUCAAGGAUGUGGCAGUGGUCUUCACUGAGGAGGAGCUGGGGCUGCUGGACCCUGUCCAGAGAAAUCUGUACCGAGAUGUGAUGCUGGAGAACUUCAGGAACCUGCUGUCAGUGGGGCAUCACCCCUUCAAACAUGAUGUAUUCCCUUUAGAAAAGGAAAAAAAGCUUGGUAUGAUGAAGACAGCAACUCAAAGAAAAGGGAAAUCAGCAGACAAGAUCCAAAGUGAGAUGGAGACUGUUCCAGAAGCAGGACGACAUGAAGAGCUUUCCUGGGGGCAAAUCUGGAAACAGAUUGCAUGUGAUUUAAUCAAGUAUGAAGACUCUAUGAUAAAUAUUUCUCAGUUCUCCAAACAAGGUGAUUUGUCCUGCCAGGUUAGGGCAGGACUGUAUACAACUCACACGGGACAGAAACUUUACCAAUGUGAUAAGUACAAAAAAUCCUUCACUGACGUCUGCAACUUUGAUCUUCAUCAACAGUUACACUCAGGAGAGAAAUCUCAUACAUGUGAUGAGUGUGGAAAAAGCUUCUGUUACAUCUCAGCCCUUCAUAUUCAUCAGAGAGUCCACAUGGGAGAGAAACGCUAUAAGUGUGACGUGUGUGGUAAGGAAUUCAGUCAGAGCUCACAUCUGCAAACUCAUCAGAGAGUCCACACUGUAGAGAAACCAUUCAAAUGUGUGGAAUGUGGGAAAGGCUUCAGUCGUAGAUCAACACUUACUGUGCAUUGCAAAUUACACUCAGGAGAGAAACCUUACAAUUGUGAGGAAUGUGGGAGGGCCUUCAUACAUGCUUCCCAUCUUCAGGAACAUCAGAGAAUCCAUACUGGGGAGAAACCAUUCAAAUGUGAUACAUGUGGUAAGAACUUCCGUCGUAGAUCAGCACUUAAUAAUCAUUGCAUGGUCCAUACAGGAGAGAAACCAUACAAAUGUGAGGACUGUGGUAAGUGUUUCACUUGUAGCUCAAACCUUCGUAUCCAUCAAAGGGUCCACACAGGAGAGAAGCCUUACAAGUGUGAAGAAUGUGGUAAGUGCUUUAUUCAGCCAUCACAAUUUCAGGCCCACCAGAGAAUCCACACUGGAGAGAAACCAUAUGUAUGUAAAGUGUGUGGUAAGGGUUUCAUUUACAGUUCAAGUUUUCAGGCCCAUCAGGGAGUCCACACUGGAGAGAAGCCAUACAAAUGCAAUGAGUGUGGGAAGAGCUUCAGAAUGAAAAUUCAUUAUCAAGUGCAUCUGGUAGUCCACACAGGGGAGAAACCCUAUAAAUGUGAAGUAUGUGGGAAAGCCUUCCGUCAGAGUUCAUAUCUUAAAAUCCAUCUGAAAGCACAUAGUGUACAGAAACCUUAUAAGUGUGAGGAGUGUGGGCAGGGCUUCAAUCAGAGCUCACGACUUCAGAUUCACCAGCUGAUCCAUACCGGCGAGAAACCAUACAAAUGUGAAGAGUGUGGCAAGGGAUUUAGUCGUAGAGCAGAUCUUAAAAUUCAUUGUAGGAUCCACACAGGAGAGAAACCAUAUAAUUGUGAGGAGUGUGGGAAGGUCUUCAGUCAGGCUUCGCAUCUUUUAACCCAUCAGAGAGUUCACAGUGGGGAAAAACCAUUUAAAUGUGAAGAGUGUGGGAAGAGCUUCAGUCGGAGUGCACACCUUCAAGCCCAUCAAAAAGUCCACACUGGAGAAAAGCCAUACAAAUGUGAUGAGUGUGGGAAGGGCUUCAAGUGGAGCUUGAACCUUGAUAUGCAUCAGAGGGUACACACAGGAGAAAAACCCUAUACCUGUGGGGAGUGUGGGAAGCACUUCAGUCAGGCAUCAAGUCUUCAACUUCAUCAGAGUGUCCACACAGGAGAGAAGCCAUACAAAUGUGAUGUGUGUGGUAAAGUCUUCAGUCGGUCUUCACAACUACAGUAUCAUAGGCGAGUUCACACUGGGGAGAAACCUUACAAAUGUGAGAUAUGUGGUAAGAGGUUCAGCUGGCGAUCAAAUCUUGUAAGUCAUCACAAAAUUCAUGCUGCUGGUACAUUGUAUGAAAAUGAUGAGAAUAAUAAGAACAUCAGAGAGUUGUCAGAGGAAGGAAGCUCUACAAAGUGAUUAAAAACAAACAAAAAAAACUCAUGUACAACCUGAAUGCCUGUAAUCAGAUUUCAUAGGAGAGAAAAAAUUUUCUUUAUCAACCUCCUUGAAUUUAUUCGAUUUGUAAUGCUUCACAUUUCCACCUAGACUUUUUUUUUUUUUUGAAACAGGGUCUUGUUCUGUUGCCCAUGCAGGAUGCAGUGAUGUGAUCUCAGCUCACUGCAACCUCCACCUCCUGGGUUCAAGCAAUUCUGCCUAAGCCUUCCUGGGUGGUUGGGAUUACAGGCGCGCACCACCACGCCUGGCAACUUUUUGUAUUUUUAGUAGAGAUGGGGUUUCACCAUACUGGCCAGGCUGGUCUCAAACUCCUGACCUCAUGUGAUCCACCCACCUCGGCCUCCCAAAGUGCUGGAAUUACAGGUGUGAGCCACUGCCCCUGGCCGCCAUCUAGACUUUGAAAUGAUUGCCUUCUAAUUACAAUAGCAUUCUCUUAUUUAAAAUAUUUGUUUUAUUUAAGUCAGUGUUUAAGCAAUAACUCAACAUAUCCCAGUGGUCCAGUGACCACACAGCUGAGAACCCUUGUUAAGUGGUACAGUAAAGAAUCUGUCAAAACUUUGACAUUUAUGACAUGUCACCUAGGAAAUAGGACUUAGAAAAUGAGUUUGACCUGGGCUUUAAAAAAGUAUACUGAUGAAGGUGCCAGAAUUGAUGUCCAUUAGACUGUAAGCUUCAUGGGGUCAGGAAGUUUGCUGCUGAAUCUAUACAAUGUUAACGUUGAGUAGUGCUUGUAGGUGUGCUCAAUACUUGUGUGUUAACUGAAUCAAAAGGAGUAAAUGUACAAUAUUUUAACAUUGCAUCCAAAGGAAGAAACCUGUAAAAUAAAAUUAUUUGGGGAAAUGAA